CCAGUGGAAACUGGAAAACCCUUGAUUUCCUUUUUCCUUUUUGAUUUUCUGUUUGCCCCACUACUUUUGAAAUCUCAACUUUGAUCUCACUUUUAAUUCCAUCAAUCAAUCCACUUUCACCAUUACACUUUUUCUUCAUUUUCAAUGGGUAUGAAAGGGGAAGAAAAGCAACCAUCUUCUCUGCUUUUAAAUCAACGUUGAUUAACUUUUGAAGGAAUUUAUGAAGCUUGUUUGCAUAUGGGGGUGAUAUAGAAGCUAAGCUACUUUGGGACUUCCAGUGUCUUCUUUAUUUGGUAAAAGCCAAACCGCAUGAUUACAAGAUGUGUGACUCACCGCUCGUGCAAUCUGCUUUAAGCCAAAAUGAAUGUCAGCUAGACACUGUUAGUGAACUUCAAGAUAAUAACUCAUGGUUAGAGGAAACGAGUUAUAAUGAAGAGACUGGAAGUGCUGAAUCAUGUUCUAAAAGCAGCGAUUUUUAUCCUUAUAGGUUCCAGCUUGAGCAGGAUGUACAUAAAUUGCAACAAAAGCUGCAAGAAGAGAUGGACUUGCAUUCUGUUCUGGAAAGUGCUAUAGAGAAAAAUGCUUCAGAAUUGUCAAGUCCUUCGUGCCUUCCGCACAAUGCUCAGGAGCUUCUGUUCCAUAUCGCGGUAUUAGAGGGUACCAUCUCAAAACUUGAACAAGAGAUGUUCUCUUUGCAUUUCCAACUUAGUCAAGAAAGAAAUGAACGGAGGCUUGCUGAAUAUCGAUUGAGGCAUUCAGUUUCUCCAUCGAUUUCACCGUCAUCAAGGUGUUUGCAGCUUUCAAAUGCUGUAUUGCAUCAUUCCUCAGAAUAUAAUUCAUACCAAGAGCCUACUGACCAACCGUCAGAAUCUACUGGUGAAUCAUCUUCUGCAGAGUCGGUAAGAGAGAAGAAUGCAGUUGGCAUGCUUUUGCAUCAUGUUGGGAAGAAAACAUCUCCAAAGAAAGAUGAAAAAUCUCUUCAACGUCUGCAGUUUGAGGAGAUAUCACGAGAGAUAACACCUAAAGGCCUAUGGGAUCAUCCUAACCGGCUAUCAGAAGAGAUGGUUAGAUGCAUGAGAGAUAUAUUCAUAUCUCUUGCGGAUUCAGUUGUUCCUUCCAAAUCAUCCGCAUCUAAAAGCCACAGCUCAUCCCUAUCACCUCGGGGACAUCUAUCAAAUUCAUCAUGGUGGUCAUCAUCUGAACGUUCCAUGAUUCCUUCUUGGGUGCAAAGCCCUCAAGUCGAUAUCCAAAGCAACUCUGAAGUUUUGGCUUCAGAGAAUUCCUUUGAUCCCUAUAGAGUACGAGGAAAGUUAAGCUGGGUUGAAAUUGGAAACUAUGGCUUAUUAACCAAAGUAUCUUGGAUGUCAGUUGGGAAGCGGCAGCUGGAAUAUGCAUCUGGGGCCUUAAGGAAGUUCAGAACACUUGUGGAGCAACUGGCAAAAGUGAAUCCUAUUCACUUGAGUUGCAACGAGAAGCUUGCCUUCUGGAUCAACUUGUAUAACGCUCUUAUCAUGCAUGCUUACUUGGCAUAUGGAGUUCCAAGAAGCGACUUGAAGCUCUUCUCCUUGAUGCAAAAGGCAGCAUAUACAGUUGGAGGCUACUCCUUCAGCGCAGCUGCAAUUGAAUACGCCAUUCUGAAGAUGAAACCACCGUUGCACAGACCACAAAUCGCUUUGCUUCUUGCCCUUCACAAACUGAAGGUGUCGGAUGAGCAACGCAAGUCCGCAGUUGAUGCAUAUGAACCACUUGUAACUUUUGCACUCAGUUCCGGGAUGUACUCAUCACCUGCGGUAAGAAUCUACACUGCUAAUAAUGUUAGGGAGGAGCUUGAAGAAGCUCAACGCGAUUUCAUACGAGCUUCGGUCGGGGUUAGCAGCAAAGGGAAGCUAUUAGUUCCGAAAUUACUGCACUGCUUUGCCAAGGGUUUUGUGGAUGAUUCCAAUUUGGCAGUAUGGAUAUCUCAUUACCUGCCACCAGAUCAAGCUGCCUUUGUGGAGCAAUGCAUAUCGCAAAGGAGGCAUAGCCUCCUUGGUUCCCGGAACUGUGGCAUUCUCCCCUUCGAUUCACGCUUCCGUUACUUAUUCUUGCCCGACAAAUUUUCGAUCCAAUGAUGUCUAUAUUAGCUAUGCAUCUCCUCUUGGCUUGUUAACCCGAAUCUUACAGACUAAGCUACAGAAAUUAUGUUGAAGUGAAUCUUUAGCAGAUCCUUGAGAAAGACGAGGUUCAUUUACAGUUUUGGUGUUUUGCCCUUUGUGUAGUGUACAUUUUCGUCUUGCGUGGCCAUUGUAUUUUCUUUAUCCAACAAGGUUAGAAUAAAUACCGUCUUCGGGGGCUAUUUUUAGAUAAAAGAUCAGAGCUCGAUGACGAAGAUGAGGUCCAGUAAUUUGAGUAGCCUGUCUGGUUUGUACAAUUAUGAUGUAUUUACUUUGUUUUAACAAUUCGAUGUUGCAUCUUGGGUCUAACUUUUAUCUAGAUUGUAUUCUUGGGUCCAAUAACAUCCCUUCCUGUUGGUCUUAUUUAUG